UCCGCGUCGGUGGACCGGCAGGCGUUGGGCCGUCAUUUUUUCUGGCUUGCCGACCAGCAGGGUUUCACAGUUCCCACCGUUACUGGGCUCGAGGCGCGCGCAGCGCCCCUGCCGGCACUGCACGCGCGUGGGGACACGGAAAACACCAACCAGGAUGAGCCUGUCCACGGACGUUGUGGGAUACCCUUUGUUGAUACUGUGGAUGAGGAUCGCCUUGCCCUGGCUCAAGACAGGCUCGGGGAGCCUUGGGAUGGCCGACUUAUCACGGCAGAGUUUGUACGACGAUCGCAGUUCCACGCAUUUUUCGGCUAUCUGCGUGGUGCAAAUGUGAACAACCAGACCGGGCGCUUUGCCAAUACUUCUGCUGCUACCAACGAAGCCGAAAUCGCAGACCAAGAAAUGAUUGAUCAUGGCGCCGGCGAUGGUUCGCGAUCCCCAGGUCCAUCGCCGAGCUUGCACAUAGCCAGCCCGCCUGACUGGUCUACAUUGUUUUCGGAUAUUGGACUGGUGUCCCUCGACAUGGUUCCGAGCAAUCUGGAAGUAAAUGUCAUUAUUCCUAGGCAUGAGCCAAAGAGAAUUUCCCUGCCAAACGACGCAGCAUUAAUCAACCCGUUUCUCGACGGGUUAAAGCUACGCCGCUUUAGCUUCUAUGCGAGCAACAACCGUCCAAUAUCUAAGGACGAAGACUUCCACAUGUGGCACAGAAGAAACCCGCUAGAGAUCCUGCAAGCCAGGCUGACCGAGGAAUCUGUGCAAGAGUAUACAACGUCGGAAGAAAACCGGCUUAAGAGACGGAGAAAAGGGGUGUCUGAGACGUUGGAUGAGGUCGCUGCGUGGGUGGAGCAGCAGCGAGUCAGAAUGUCUACCGACGCUACUCCAUUCUUUUGGAAUAUACAAGACGAGGAGGAGGAGUUAUAG